AUACUGAGGAUUGAUGAUGAUUCUGAAUCCCUGACCAUCAGGAACAUCAGAACCACAGACUCUGGACUUUAUCAAAUGUACAGUCGAUUCUCACGCGAACUAUUCAAUGUUACUGUCUAUGCUCGUCUACCCAUUCCUGUCAUCACCGGAGACUCUUCGAACUGUUCAUCCCCAUCAUCAGGAUCAUCACAGCAGAACUGUUCACUGCUGUGUUCAGUGUCGAACGUGAGUCAUGUGACUCUCUCCUGGUACAAAGGAAGCAGUUUAUUGUCCAGCAUCAGUGUGUCUGAUCUCAGCAUCAGUCUCUCUCUACCUCUGGAGGUGGAAUAUCAGGAUAAAAACACCUACAGCUGUGUGCUCAACAAUCCCAUCAGCAACCAGACUCAACAUCUGGACAUCACUCAACUCUGUCACACAUGUGCAGAUUCUGCUCAUUGUUGUGGUUUCACUGAAGCUGUGAUUCGAUUGGUCAUCUCUGCUGUGGUGGGCGUGGCUACUGUUGGCAUAGUUGUUUAUGACAUCAGAUCUAAAAGAGAUAAAAGAAGCUGAGAACAUCACAAUCAGUCCCCGAAUAAUGGUCAUGAAAAACCUGGAAACAGAGAAUUGAACAAUUAUUGAACAGAAAAUGAAUUCAAUCUUGAUUAAAGUUUAAUUGAAUUUUUUUUUUUCUGUAAAAUGUCUCAUUAACUUAAUAAUGAUCUUGUGUGGAGUAAAACUUACUUGCAAGUAAUAGUGAUGUUCAGUUGGUGAGUGAAUUUUUCACUCCACUUGUGUGGAGUCAGUCAAUCGGUUCACAAAACAUUCUUAAAGAUUCUUUAACAAACUGAUCUGAAUCGAAAUGAUCCUAAUCCAGUUAAAACUUAAAAUGACUGGUAAAGUCAUGGAAAUUCAUUCAAGAUGCUCAUGAUGAAGUCUUAAUGUUAUUUAUUGUUUUCUUUCAUAUAAAGAAUAUUGCAUUGCAUAAAUCUUGGCUACUCUAAAGACACUUGAAAUCUAAA